UGGACUCCGAAUUUAUACAGGGACGAUGUGGUUCUUAAACGAAUCUUUCAAUGUGCAUAUGCUUAAUUGGAAAAUCUGACUCGAUCAACUGAAUUUAUGAUCCAAGUCCAAGAUACAAAUGCCGUGACGACUGAGUGAUAGAUUUAACUUUUACCAUGUUUACGGCAUUCUCUUGAAAACGUAAAUAAUGGGAUUGUCAAACUCCUUUUGAUUGAAGAUAUUCAUCGUAGUCCAAAGCUUAUACCAUGGGUAAGAAACGGAUCCAUCGUAAGCCUGUUGCCCUGACGUUUGCCGAUACCAGUAACCAACCUACGGAGCAGGAUAGGGAAGGAUGCUCUUCCUGGAAUCCCACAGAGCAGGAAAGGAAUCGAAGAGAGGGCAGCAAAGAGACCUCUCACCGGAGGCAAGAGAAUGGAGAUGAAGAUGAGGUGGAGUGUAUGGGCAUGGUGAGUAGCAGUACCACCAGCACAGAUAACCAUCGGGUCAGCCGUCCAAGCAACAGAGAGCUGCUUCGUAGACAGCAAGAAGAGGAAGAACAAAGAAUAAGAAAACGAGAGGAGGAAGAAUUUCAGAGAGCCAUUGAGCUGAGUCGCCAGGAGAUGCAAGUCACAUCGGUAACCAACUCAACCAGUGAUGAUAUCCUCAGCAGUGGUGAGAGCGAGGGAGAGGACAGGGUACAGACCAACAAUGGCAUCGGAGGAGAUAGUGACCAGAGCUCCUCUGGGCCCGAGGAAGUGGGGUUGGCCCUCCAUGGCGAGGCGCAAGCCCAGACAAGCCGGAGACACGACGCAUCAAAUGAAAACAAUGAUAGUGAAAGCAGCGAUUCAGAGGAUAGCGACAUCACUCAUAUCAGUAAUGGGGAGAACGAUGAGAGGGGCGUGGCAGGGGAGCCUAGCGGCCGGGAGGUGGAAGAUGUCGAUGAGGUUGGAAAUGGAGAUGAUGAUAAUGAUGAUUCAUCUGUCGGAUCUUCCAUCUUGUUGCAGUCGGAUGAUGAGGAGAUAACGGCUGGGCAGCCACCCCACUCAUCUAGCAGUCGCCCCACCCAGUCCAGUGAGAAGGCUAUUGCUAAGGUGUGCCCUCUGGAGGAUCCAAACACAGUAUCGCAGGAUGGAAGCAUCGAUAUCUUUGAUGUGAUGGAGGACCAGGACCCGCUCUCUCAAGAACUGUUUGUGGAUAGUCAGAGAUCCUACAAGGGGUAUGAGCCUCAGCCUGAAUCUACACACAGUCAAGAGGAAGACAGGGGUGGCAGUUCCAACAUGGAGUCAAGGCGGACCAGGCUGAGUUUGCGGAAGAGGAAACGAAAUGGCGAAGAGGGAUCUGAACCCAGGACCAACAGCAAUAAGACCAAAGCCCCAAGGCUUGCCCAGGAAUCAGAUUCGGAAGUGUCGGAGGUCGAUCUGGAAGUCAGGGUCGAUGACGAUGAGUCCAGCAGCGCACCACCCUCGCAAGAUGCAGGUUUCAUUGAUUUCCCUGAUAGGUUCCAAGGCAAUGCUGGGGUAGCGCUUGUCGAUAAGAGAAAGCCUAAUUACAAGAGUCCAUUCCUGAGACCAGCCGGAGUCCUACCAAAUGCUUACACUGCUGUGAUCCUGCGACUAUUCUACCAGUAUAAAGUCCGUCUCUUGAAGGCACAAGCUAAACAGAAACACAGGGUGGAAAUGGGAAAGCCUGUUGUAGUCGGACCAAACGUCAAGGACACAAUCGUCCAUAAGAAGCGUGGCCAGAAAGUCUUCCAGUGGCACUUGUCAUCCGAGGAGGAGGAUGCAGGCAACAGCCAGGAAAAUAAUCCUGAAGCGGCCAACCAGGCAAAUCUGGUAAAGCCUUUGAGAAAUGAGCUUGGGCACCUAAACAAAGUCUUUCAGAAUAACACUAAUGUGAAUACAGUAAGAGUAGUGCCUGGAAAUCAACAGGCAGAAGCUAGGCCUGCAGGAUUUAAGCCAAAGGUGGAGUGGACAAAGUCAAACAGUGGGUCUUCGGGUGUCCAGAACAAUGUCAGGACUGUAGGAUCAGUUAGUUUGAAAACCACCAAUGAAGUAUCAAGUUCAAGAACUCUUGUCAUUAAGGUUUCUCCUGUACAAAAGAAAUCAGCUGGAGAGUGGCUAAGUAAAUCUGAUAUGACUGGAAAGAGAGAGGCAAGGAGAAGAUUAUCAGGUUCAGAUGAUAGUGAUGCCGAUGUAGAGGUUGUUCCAGGAAACACGACACCCAGGACUCCUUUGACUGCAACAGUGUCACCAAGAAGGUGCACCCCAACAGAAUCUCAGUCCAGUAGUUCUUUAAGGUCUCCGGUAUUUGGUGGGAAGUCCAGUAGGGGGCUUGUGAGACCGUCCAGUGGUGCCCCAAGGCAGGUUGGGCAUUGCUCACCUCGAACUGUGCAGACUAAUAGGGACAAAAUGGAAAGCCCUCAGCCAUCGUCCCCACGGCUCAGGGUGGACAAUGAUGCAAGGACGCAUGUAGCCAUUGUUGCAGAGAGUGCUUCAGGGGUAUCUUCGACAGUGCCUGAUAAUAGUGCAAGACAUUCAGUGUCCAGAGUUGACAAUCAUCGAGAAGCAACUGCCUCUGUAAUGCCUACAUUAAGGACAGGUGUGGAUUCUGGAGCUGAUCAAUCAAGAUCUUGUCCAACGUCCACAAACCAAGCUGAGAGGGUUGGCAACAGUGAUGCAGUUUCUGCAUCCUCAAAACUUGCUUCCAGCUCACUUUAUGGACCAGCUCAUAGCUUUGAGGAAGAAAGACUAGAGUAUUACAAAGCAAAGCGAUUAAGGGAUUCACGUCCAGAAGAAAAUGGCAUUGGUGAUGUGGGAAGUAGCAAUGUGAAUAGGCUUGAUGAAUCAAACAAUGCUGAAAGUGAUGGUGAAGAAACUGAUGCACAAGAAAACAAUUCUAGUCUUGAACAGAAUCAAAUCAAUGGUGCUGUGGAAAAUAGUGAAAGGGAACGUUUAACUCCAAGAACAGAUGACACCAGAGGUGGAAAUGACUCAAGAGAGGAGGAGGAUGAGCAUCAAGAUGAACAACCUGAGCACGAUUUAGAAGUACAGAACUCCAAUGAAGCAGCUGUUAGCCUUGGUUCAAAUUCCCCCAUACCUGACAUGGAUGCUAACAUCCUUGAUGAAGGAGGUGGCCAGAGCGACCAAGACCUCGGUGAGGACGUUGGACCGGCUGGACAAGAUGAAGAAAACAGACAGGAGGAAGAUGUCGUCCAGGAUGGUGAUGAGGUUGAAGCAGAAGGUGUGCAGUGUCCUCUCUGUGGGGUCACCUUUGCCAUGACAGUUAUAGAGGUCCACGCAGCAGAAUGCAACGGACCGGUGGAGAAUGCAGAACCAGCAAGGCCAGAGCCAGUCAGAAGACCUAGACCAGUACCUGCUCCCAGGCCUUCCAGUCCACGCGACCGAAUGGUGGCCAGGAUGGAGAUGCUGGAUAGGACAUCAUCGGAGGAUGAUGCAGACAACGAAGGUGACAACGAUGACGUGAUUGUCUCUGGAGAAGCUCAGGAGGCUCCCAGACCAGUGAGGAAACAAAACAUCAGAAAACGCACAUUCCCAAGCUCUGAAAAUACAAGCGAUAGCCCUACUUCCAGUGUGGGAAGUAUGAGCCAUUUUGAUAAUGUAGUCAUGGAUAUGGUACGCCGAAACGAGAUUACAGUCACUGGUCCUGGACCAUCCUCGUCAUCGUCGCGGCAACAAAAUCGCAACCAUCCAUCAUCCAAGAGGGCCAAGUUACAUUCUAAAACUACCUCCAGCCAUGCCACAGAAAGUGAUGAUGACGACUCUGACCCUGGAGAAGUUGAGAAGUGCUUCAUCUGCAGCAAGUUUGUCCUCAAAGCCCACUACCCAACGCACGUUCAGAACGAGCUGGAUUCCAUGGAAGCGUCCAACAACUCCCUGGUGGAAUCCUCCAGCACCCCAUCUAGGAACACCAGACAGUCUGCUGCCCUCAACGAAAAUGCUAGUGAUGCAAUCCCCAGUGCGGUAAGCACCUCAACGUCCUCAACCAGUAGGCAGACGUCAUCGACCACCACGGAAUUGUCAACGGCAGGUUUGUCCCGUUCCAGGAGGGGAAACGCUGCUGCACAAGGAACCAGAGCUAAAAGUGCAUUGAAAAUUAACGGUAGAGAGGCAACGUCAACGUCACAUCUGAGAGCAGAGAGAACUACAGUCCUCUCUUCUGAUGAGGAAAGUGGUCCCAACUCACCUAGCGCCCUCGAUGAGUUCCUUGCGGACUCUGACGAUGACGACGACGAUGAUGAUGAUGACGACAUUGAUGGUGACGACAGGGUCCUACGACCGGGAGUUCCCUUCAGUGAUUCCCCCAUCAAAGCCUUCAAAAGCUUGAAGCAGAACCCACCUUGUUUGAUUGAUUUCAAGAAUCAGUUCAAUACCUCAGGAGGGGAAAAGACUCCAAGGAAGUUCACCGGUGCCGGGAAGGGGGGUAAGGGGCGGGGUAGGGGGAGGGGUAAGGGCAAUUGGAAGUCCGGUAAGCGGUGGGGAAAGGGUGGGAAGUCGAGAAAAUGAGAGGAAAAUGAAUUUCUGGGGGCUGUGUUUCAAAGAGAACUUUAAUGAGACAUAAUGUCAUGUCUAAGUGCUAGUUAAGGGAGCCAGUCAUAGAGCAAGUUUUGUGAGACUUAAAGUGCUACUUGAGGGAGACUAAAGGGCUUGCUUAAAGGACAGGUCCACUCAUGUGAAAUGAAGUUUCAUUCCUCCCUAAACACAUGGAAUUCCAU